UUUGUUGCUUAAGUUUCGCCGUUUCGGUCGUGUCCUGGUUACUGAUUUUUGUAACCGCGGCGGCUGACAGAAAAAAUAUCGAACUAGAGAAGCGGAUUAAUUAAUCUCAAAUACUUUGAAAAAGUAAUUUGGAGUAGUUAUACUCAAACGGACGCACAUACAUAUUUAUAAGUUUAAUCUAUGUGAGCUGUUGGGGCGUUAAGUAGACGCGCGUGUGUGUGCGUCAUUCCACACGCUCAGGUGUGUUUUUAUCGAAGGUUGUCGCAGUUUUCAAAUUAUUGCUUUAGGCUGUGAAGAAUAGCUACAUAUAUACCAAAAGCAAGUGUUUCACUAAUUUAACAAAAACAAAAAAUAAUAAAACAAUAGCAAAGUUACGAGAAAGUAUCUUAGGACAUUUUCACAGUGAAAAAUAAAAUAAAAAUUGUGAAAGAAUGGUGAAUCUCAGUCAUCAUUUUACCGCGAAGCAAGUAGAUUAAAAGGAAGAAAUAAACAGCGCAAAACAAACAAAGUAAAUGUACUUAAAAAGACAAAUACAAAUAAAGCAUUUGCAGUAGCAUGGAUUAGCCUCAUCGAGGGUGUUUCAUAAGCAUGCAAGCAAUGGAAAUGAAUGCUUGAAGAUGUGCAAACAAACGGAUCAACCGCAGAGUGAGCAACAACAAACGCUGGCAGCAGAAAUUUAAACGGAUUACAGCGGGGUGCGAAAAUCUCACGCGGAAAUAAAUGGCGUGCGCGCACAUAUUUGUCUAGGUAAAGAGUACAAGUACAAUGCUGAGAGACUAGAUGUUCAUUGUGCAACUUUUUGACUGAUAUUCUUGCCACAACAAGAGACUGGGGAUGAAAAACCUAAAUAAAAAGGAUUUAAUAUCUAAAUAUGCAGAAACAAGAAAAGAGACGCGAACUGCGUCUGAAGAGAUUUUGGCGUUCACCAAAAACAACAUCAUCCGAAGAUUCAACCGGCUAUGAGAGCCCCACACGUACCAAGCCCGCAAGUGACACACAACGUUUCAACCAUUUGCACUACACGAGCUUAGCACAGAGUGCACCGCGAGGACCCGAAAAUGGCACGGCCUACAACAAGCCGACAUGUUCGCUACCACUGCUGCAAGUGUGGCCCAGUCAGCCACAUUUACGACAGGAGGGCUUCGUGCAGUUGCGACGAAACAGCGGCCCUGAGGGCCAACGGGAUUCGCCACGUGGCGAGGCAGAUGGACAAUCCUUCAUCUUCCCUGUCAUUGCCGAGACAAGUACGAGUAGCAGUAGCGGCGCUGGCAGCAGCAGUACGACUGGCGAUAGUGCUGCUGCUAGCAGUUCGACCACCACUACCACCACCACCAGCGGCACCUCCGGCAUCAGCAACAACAAUCACAGCAAUAGCAAUAACUUAAAUAAUGGCAAUCAUUUAACGCUUAGCAACUCCUGCUUAGGCGAACGGCGUCGCAGCUCGCUUUACUGUGAUACUUUGCAUGCGGGCGACUCAGGCAUUGAUUCGGUGCAGGCGUCGCCUUCACCAAACGCACUGCCACCACCACCCGGUGCAUCACUACUCGGUGGUGGCCAGGGUAUGGGCAGCAACUCCUGCAAUGUCUCACCCGCUACAACGCCCACACAGGGUUCACCGAAUCUCUCGCUUGGUGGUGCACGCGCUAGCAUCAGUGUCGGCGCAGCAAAUUAUCGACGCAAAUCCAGUGCGCUACUACAUCCCGAUCAUGCUCGCUUGUUUGCGUUGCGCAUGAAGCAUGCUGCCGCCUUAGAACGCGCACAAACGUCACCGGAUCAAACAUCCAUCGAAGAUGCAACCGAAUUCCAUGAUAAUGGUUUGGCAACGAAUUUGCGCUUGUGCUCUGCGUCUUCGUCGACGACGUCGUCGCUGACUUCCGUCGCAGCGGUUAGCUUAGGCGGUGGCAUGGGAGUGAUCGGUGCAGCCGGCUCCUCCUCAUCCUCCGCUGCGGCUGUGGCAGCAUGUCUAGCUGCCGGCGCUGGUGCGGGUCCACAGCAGCGCGUCUCCGACCCAUGGCUGCAGCCGCAAUCGGAUCGAGAACGUGAUUCGCGCUACGAACGACGUCGUUCCUCAACGAUGACGGCACGUUACUCACUGUUCGAUGCAUUGGAUUUGGAAUAUGUGCUGUUGCGUGCUGCGGCACGCGGUUCGGUCGGCCCGUACUCACUAAGCGAAUCUAUACACAAACUGACAUUUACACAAUCGUUGGCGUUUCCGGCACUGGCACGCGGUCUCGCCACAAAGCGUCGGCGUUCGCAUACGCGUACCAGUUCGCGACCGCUAAACCCCAAUGAGUCGGGUCUUAAUACGUGUGCGAAAGUCGUUACCGCCGUCAUAUUGGUGGGUAUUUCGUUUAUGGUGUUUCUGAUUGUGUAUAAAUUUGUGCGGACGUGAGGUUUACUCCUGGCCCCGACAGAUUUUCCCGUUACAUAUCAGCAAGCGAACGUGAAUGCAAAUGUAUACACGUUCGCAACGGGAAAUGUUAGUGCCAGCAAAACACUGUCGGGGUUCAGGAGAGUAUUGGGUCUGAAAGAUCGAGAUUAAGUGCACAACUGUAACGGAGAGGCGAAAGUCGAGGGUACUAUUUUAUGCGUCUUAUACAAACAUGCAUACUUAUUAAUAAAAGUUGUGAUAAAAAGUAUGUAAUAAAGUCUAAAACCUGCACAAAAUGGCUGCAAUACUUUGUAAUGCUGGAAUCACGCCAUUUUGUGUAACAAAUGGAGCUGACUGUAAAAAGUGUUUCAAUUAAAAAAGUUUUGUAAUUCAAAAACUUACACAAAAUGCCUUUUUAAAAUAGUAUUUGCUACUUUUUAAUACUCAUACAUUUUCAAUACCUACUAUAUAUGCUUAUGUUUGUAUAUAUGCAUAAAAACUUAUGCAUUUGCCUAAAUAACUAUUUAAUAGUCAAAUUCUAUAUUAGAUUUCUUAAUUGCGCUGCUUAAUUAUAGUUCACAAAUAUUGAUUAUCUCUUUUUCUUUUCACAAGUUUUAGAUCAUGGGUUAUGUAUAGUCGAAAAUAAUUUUGAAUGCGUUCCAAUGGUGGAAUCAAACCUUUUAGCCAGUACGAAAUUAGUAAUACAAAGAAAAGUUAAGGAAGGUGCUGAAAAAUUAAUUAAAUAUUCUAAAAGAUAAGAUUAUGAUACCUGAAUGCGAACAAUUUCAGAGGUCUAGCACUAAAAUUCUUUCAGUUAUUUUUGAAGCAAGUAUCUGGCAAUUAAGUGUUCCUCAGGUUUAGUACGUAAUGUCUCUCACAUGGACUCAAGAGCCAUAACCUUAAAAAACAAUUUUUACUUUUAACAAAAAAGGAUCUGCCAAAUGAGAAAAAUGAAAGUAUUACCCGUUUUAGUAUAUUCAUUAAAAUAUUACUGUAACGAAAAAUCCAUACCAUAUACAUAGGUAUUUCGUAAAACACUGAAAGCUUGUUUUUGUACCAGGUUGCUGAUCGCCAUAUUUCCCACAAAAAAUCUCUCUUUGUGGUGCCAGAAACUCAUAAAAAUGGAUCCAAAGAUGGAUCAAAGAUCGAGAAAGCUUCAUUUGCUUAUCACAAGAUUGUUGAGGCGGCAAUAACAUUUCCAAACAGUUUGAAGUUUCAACCGCUAUACAAUAAAAGCUGGACAGUGGAGAAGAAUGCGGCUCAAAUAUGGAUCCAGGCGCUAGGCAUCAAAGCAUAUGUCAGACAAAUAAGUACAGUGCAUACGCUGUCGGCACUAAGAGUUAUCAUUGCUUUCCCAACAAUAUCAAGUGAUGCAGCUGAAGUAAUAAUAAUAUGAUGCCCACUGACAUUCAGGGUGACGAAUGCGAGCGAGUAUACUCGAGUAUGCUGUGUAUAGGAUCGAAAAGCAGUGGCAAACCUCACUCAAAGGACGGUGGACCUACGAACUGAUACCGCACAUUCAUUCAUGGAUCGACAGAUGACAUGGCAUCGAGCACGACAUCACUCCGAAUUGUACGCCGUGUUCACAGUGCUCUGAGCAUGUAUUCUUUUAUUGCCCGCGCUUUUUAAGUACAAGAAAAAAACUUAAAACUACACUCGGUGUUAUUUUUGGUACGGAAAAGGACACUCAUGUGUCAGUCCACUGAGAACUGGAGAGCAGUCAGCGAAGCGGCACCCUCAAUCAUAACAAAACUGAGGCAUACAAAGCAGAGUAGGCGUCCGUCAGUCUGUGCCAUAGAGGAAAGGAUUAAAUGUCUUAUCACUCUCACAAAGUAAUACUUAAUCAGAGGGUUCUGUGGGAGAGUUUGGAGUUGAGAGUAGGUUAGAUUAGUGGAGAAGAACUUUUAGUUCUGGUAAUUCGAGGAACUGCCUACACUCUACUCUGGGUCAGAAAGAUCGCACAGCCAGAUAUGUAUUGCAUUUGACAAGAGGUGCAUAAAUCUACUGCAGCAACGCUGAGGACAACAAUAUACCAUACCGCUAUAAUUUUCUUUUAAUUUAUAUUUAAUUUAAUCUUAAUUUUUGUUAGCGAGUGCUUUCUCAUUUAAAUAUUAUUUGCUCUUUCCAACUAAUAUUUCAACUCUAAAAGUGCCUAUUUAUCCAACAAUCUUUACUCAAGCUUCGAAUUUAUUCAGAGGUAAUUAUAAAGAUACAAUACUUGUAUUUAUACCAUAAAUUUUCUACCAAACAAAAUUUAUAAAAUAAAUGGAUGAACUAAAUAAAUAUCAGUAGGGUGUGAGUUCUCAAGUAAAAAUUUUAAGAAUGAAAUUUCUAGACGAAUUCUCUGUAAUUAAUGAAAAGUUUUGAUAAAGCCAUAAUUUUUUAUAAAUCCGUAAUAACGUGCGAUUUACACCGAAUUAUAUGCUUUGUCGUAAUUAUACAUACCAUGUUCAAACUGGGUUGUUUGGAAAUUUUUUCUCAAUUAUUCCAUGACAAUUAAGAUAUUAACUUUCCCAUUUUUAUGGUCUUCAAUUAGUGUUAGACAAUUCUAUGGACUUAAAUUUGGAUGGAUUUUAAAUUUUAUCUCUGAAAACUAAGUAACAACUUUUUUUUGAAAUCUUUAUACAUAUAAUUAAAUUUUUUGCUCAUAUUUUUGUGGUAAUUCAUGGUCCAAUUAAAAACACUAUACCUGAAAUAAUUUACAUCUUUACAACUUUUUCUUCUUUUCUAAGAAUUUAUUGUUAACUAAACACUAAUUGGGUAAUUAGUUGAUUGCUUAGUGUAUGCUUAAUUGAGAACAAUUAUGAGAUAAAUUUUUGAAAUUAUCUUAAUUACCCAAUUAAGCUGCUUCUGGUUGGACAUGGUACUAGUUUUACCCACAAUUUUUCUAAAUAAUACAAUAGUUUCUUAAAUACUUAAGUCAAAAAAUGUUUUCAAUUCAAUUAAAUUUAUAGUUGAAGAAAAGGAAUUAUAGAAGAUGUAUAAUUAAAAGCCAAACCAAUAAAACUUUCUAAUGUGACCAUUAUAAUAAAUCAAUUAGUGAGCAGAAAAUGCUGAAAUCACUGUAAAACAACAAAAGCUGUGGAGAAGACAAGAAACUGUUUAAGUGAUGGGAGAUACGUAAAUAUAUAUUCAAGUAGUCAACUAGGAAUGUAUGUGGUUAAGUGCAGGGUCGUAUUUUAUAGUCCUUAACUAUCUGUGUGCGAAAAGUUGCUAAUUGUCAAUCAAAUAAUAUGAUGAUAAAAUUCAUAAUUCAAUUAGAUAGUUCUAAAAACGCUGGCUGAAAUUCUAAAGUAUUCUUCUAAAUAAAUGCCUUUACUUGAUCACAAAACAGAAGCAAAAACAAAAACACAUUUCGGCUUUGCUACCAACACAAACCUACAUACUAAAAACUGAACUACACAAAUUUAUAGCCACAAUUAAAACAUUUAAUUAAGUAAAAUAGAGACCAUGCAAUUUUAUUAUGAGAAAUUAUAUGUAUGUAUAUAUUGUGGAUUUUGUUGCAUCGAAAAAUAUAUUUAUAACAUGCUGCUAAUUCCAAAAAAUUUUAGGGAUAUACUGCGUACAGCGUAGCGAACAAAUAUCAUUCUAAUUUGAAUCUCGUUCUAAUUUUAAUUUUAAUUUAAUAUUCCUUCUUAAAUUACGAGAAUUACAGUUACCUUUUACGGCUUUUGUUAGUAGUCAAAUAUCUUCAGCAGUAAUGCGUCGAAUGUCAUCGGCAAAGGUGUCAAUCCUACAAAAAUACGUCCAGCGGUAUUAAAUUGUAUGACCUUGGAGGUCACCACAGACUCAUGAGGCAAGAUAAUGAGUAAAACUCCUUCAAUCAGUUGACUGUUUCGGAUGGAUGUAUGACAUUUAAGGCCAAAGAUCGUCCACAUCAACAAUUUUCCAAUUCAAGUAGUUCAAUUUCAAGUACGAAAGAGUCACUAAUCAUGGCUCUUUAGUGUUCCACAUUAGCUAUAUCAUAUUUGAUGGCUUAAUUUUUGAAGAAAUAUGGAUCUCUGAUUUCCUCUACCCAUAAAGUACGCCAUGUGGCACUCCUAUAUCAACGAUUUUGUUUAUCAAUGUUCAUUAAAAUUUUUCUGUCAAAAACAGGAUUUGUCGCCAUCUCGUUUUGAACCCAUUCAGCGAACGUUCUGAUUUAUUUCUGACUCUAAAUAAAUAGGUAUUUCUUCGUAAAAUCAACCAUAAUUGUCUCUAAGUGCUCAGGAUAGUGUAAAUUAGAUUUUUAAUUUUCCAAUAUUAAUAAAUAAAAUGGUUAAGUAACAUCAAUAAAUUAAGCAAGACAAUCAAUAUCCUCCUGAUACCAGAUGACGUCUUGAUAAAGUUUUGAACCACCUACCGAGUCGAUGAAGGUGUAAUUUGUUUCCCUAAUAUAAUAUUGAAGCUUAAUUUCUAAGUAUUUAAUUGUCUCUACGCACUAAUAGUCGGCGUAUCGAUAGUACUUAAGUCCGCAGAACAUGCAAAUAUACUAUGAGCAAAAAAUAGUAAGACUGUUCACAAUUUUAAAAUUCUUAAUUUAUUCUCCAAAGGUCUUCAAUUGACGCAAAACGGUUUCACCGAAGCGGUCGUUUGAGUUUGCUGAAUAGCCGAAAGCCACACGCAGCUAAAUCAGGUUAUAACGUUGGUUGUGGCGCGAUAUUGGUAGAAAAAUUGGCGAAAAACAAACGAAGAAUCAAUGCAGGCUGCGACUGUGCAAAAACCAAGAGAUUUCGGUCCAUAUCCGGCCUCUUUUUUAUGAAAAGCGUGGCACAAACGACGCAUAACACCCUGUAGUAGUAUUCCUUGUUGAUAGUUUGGCCGGUCGGAAGAAUUCGGAGUGUACAACACUUCGAUAAUCGAUUGAUUUUUGGCCUGCGCUAACGUGGUGUUUUCGACUUCGGAAUACAUUGUUGCACAGAUGUUAUGAACGUUUCGGGUAUGAGAAAUUUGAUUCCGCACACAAAAUUUAAUGGAACUUCUUCAUUGAAUAAUUUCACUCAUGGUUAAAAAUACAUAGAUGAAUGCACUUUAUGUACUUCAGGAAAAUUUUGUUUUGAUGUUACAUUUGACACAUAUGUUACCGAUAAUCAUACCAACCUAGAAAAUAAAUAUUUCAACGAAUGGGGUUUCGCGCGAAAUUUAAUUUAAAAUGUCUUACUGUUUUUUGCUCACAGUGAUAUUUGAAUCGUAUUGUGCGGUAGAAAAUGUCGAUGUUUCCCAAUAGUAGGGGAGCCCAAGAGGGGAUUUUUGCAGUUACUUAAGCGUGUCAGAAAACUUUAUGGGGAGAAACAUUGGACCUUUGUAUGUACCC